AUCUACUAAAAAACUCGAGCACUUAUGUAUGUUUUAUCAUCGUCGGUGUGCACUAUGAUAACGGUUGACAUGGACACACAAUACGCUGUACCUAUUGGCUAUUAUUAUAAUAACAUAUUUUGUUAUUUAAUACGGUCGGCGAUGACGAUUGAUACGCGGCAGCUUGGGAUCGAUCGUUGAAUUACACGGUUUUUCGUUAGUUACGUUUCAUUUUCUCACCCGUUUGGCGCGAUUAGUUGGGUUGAGUACUUUUUGCGAGAUCGCGACGUCCGUCCGACACACCUGAAUCAUUUAUCGUUACGUGGGUACUUACAGAUGUAUAUAUUUUGAAUCCUGUUUGAAAUAACCAUGAAGCCCAUAACCGAAGUCAGGGUUGUUAAAACCACAGAAUCGGCAUUCAUCAGGCCGUUCUCGUUGAUAUUUAAACAAGGAGGAAAUGAAAUUAAAUGGGACUUAAUUGAUAGUCACAAUGGAGUGUUUGUGAUCAUUUACAACAGGACCAGAAAUACAUUGGUGUGCGUUAAACAAUUUAGACCUGGUGUAUAUUAUAAAAGUAUACCAGAAUCUGAUAGACCAAAAGAUGGAUACAUUGACACUGUAAAAUAUCCACCUAGCAUGGGUUUGACUGUAGAAUUUUGUGCUGGUAUAGUAGACAAAAACAAAACUCUUGAAGAAAUAGCUGUUGAUGAAGUCCGAGAAGAAUGUGGUUAUGAAGUCAAAGUGUCAGAUAUGCAAAAAAUCAUCAGUUGUAGAGCUGCCUUAAGUACAGCUGGUUCCAUCAUGACAUUUUUUUACACGGAAGUCACUGAUCAAAUGAAAAUUUCUGAAGGAGGUGGUCUUGCGCACGAAGGAGAAGACAUUGAAGUCGUAGAAUAUACUAUACCACAAAUCAGAGAUAUAAUCACACAAUCAGAAGUUUUAAACGGAUCAUCUAGUUUUCUUUUUGGCUUAAUGUGGUUUUUGACUAACAAAAUUGUUUUGAAUAAUUAAAUUUAAAUAAAUUACAUUGUUAAUUUAAUAUUUAAUAAGUUAUACAUUUAUAUAAAAACUAUAAAAUACAAAUUAUAUUAUUUUUCUUUUUCAAAUUCAUUAUCAGUUUUCUUUUAUUUACAUUUCAUGGUUUAUUUUAGCAGAUACCCACCCUAAACCCCAUUUUAAAUUGGUAAGCAUAAACUUUAGAGCUUUGGUCCAUCCUUCUUCAGAAUUCAAUUGUAUUCUGUAAAAACAAAAUGUAUUAUAAACAUUAGUGCUCAAUAAUAAUUGAUAAUAUUAAUAAAAGUGAGUUAAAAUAGUUA